AUGAGUCGGCGUCGAAGACGAGCUAACGAUUUUACAGAUUCAUUAAGUAAAUAUACAAAUUCCGAGAUCGAUUCUGAUACACUUUAUUCAAUCUCUCAGGACAGUUUGGAUGAUGUUAAAAGUAAAAAUAGCCAUGUAUCUACUGAUACUACAUGCAACAGUAAACAUUCCAUUAUUUUGGCUAGCAGCUCUUCAAAACAUUCUUUUGCACAGAAUACGUUUAUUUCGUCAAUCACAUCAUCCUCAGCAACUCAAUCUGCACCAGAUUUAAAUGAACGUAUUAAUUCAUUUCAAGCUGAACACUUAAGUAGUAAAAUUGAUGAUAAUAAGGAGAAUAAUGGUCCUCAGUACUCUAAGAAGGAUAAAGAGUUGGACAAGAAUGAUAUGUUUACAAAAUUGACAACUGUACCCAAGAAACAAGUGUUAGAUGAACAUAACAAAUUAAAUACCAAUACAAUAAAUGAAAGUUCUAAAAGGGAUUCCAAUUACAAUAUACAUAAUAAUAAAUGUAAUAUAAGUUCAAUCUUAGAACAAAAUGCACCUAAAAUAACAAUAUCACAGUUUAUUUCUUUACCAACUUCUGCAAAUGAAGAUAAACAGAUUUGUGAUACAAAAUGUAAAGAUAAAAAUGUGAGUAAUGAAGCAAAGAAAUUUGAAAUACUACUCUGUUCUUUGGAUAAUAAAUUUAACCAAAUGAAAGAAGUUUCACAAUCACAAGUUUUAAAACGUUUGUCAGAGAAAUUUAUACAGGCACCACAAAAUUUUACUGAGAAACUUUUGACUAUCAUUGAAGAAUCUAUUAUCAACAAUGAUGAUAAUAAUGUAUCUAAUACAUCUGCAAUAAAUUUAAGCAGAUUAACAACAGAAUUUCGAAAAAUGUGUAAAUUCAUUGAGGAUGAGUCGGAUCCUGAGUGGCCACCAUCACCAAUGUCUACACCUCCAUGCUUACAGAAAAUUCCUACAAGUCCUGCAUGUAAUAGAUCUGCUGAUAUCAAAACUCCUAAAAAUGAAAAGUUAACCUCAUCUAUAAGUACAUCUACACCCACUACACCUAUUUCUGGUAUAGAUAUAAUGAAAAGACGUUUCUUCAAUAAAAUAUCAAGAAAUAAUAAUAAUGGAAACCUUGAUAAUAUAUGUAAUGAAUCUAGUAAUACAUCUUUUGAACACUUGGAGGCACAAUGUAUAAGAUUAUUUCCUGAGGAGAAAGAGUAUUCUAAACCUUUACGUAAAAGUUUGUCCAUGCCUUCUUUAUUAAGUAUGAAUCAAAUCCAAUGCAUAUGUGAGCAACAAAUGGCUUCUUUAAAUAUGACUAACACAGAAGAAAAUCACAGAGAAAAUACAAUAGUAACUACCACAAAUUUAUUAGAUAAAUGUUUAUGUCAAAGUCCUUCGCUAAACAAAUCAGGACUCAGUUGCUCAAAAUUACAAUACCAUAGUAAGUUAAAAAAUAUUGAGUAUGAGAAUAUGUCAUAUUCUAAGAAAAAAUCUAGAAAUCUAAGUGGGAAGUCUAAUUUCAAUAAGAUGAAGCCAGAGAAAUUUACAAAUAAUUAUGCAGCAGUGGAUCCAGAUGAAUUAGAAAAGACACUUUUACAAGGUAUAGCAGAAAAACGAAAAAGAUGUCUCGAUACUGCAAGACUUCUCAGUGAAAUUAAUAAAGAUCCUGAUGUAAUAGAAGCACAAAAAACGUUAAAACUGUCGCCUAUAUUUUCUACUGACAAUGAAUCAAAUUCAUUGAGUAGUGAUGCAACUAAGUUUUUGAAAACUUUGAUGUCCUGUAAAGAUUAUCAGACAUAUUUGGAAAAACAGAAACCACUUUUUAUGUCAUUUCAAAAUUCAAACCCUAGCACACCUGAAAUUAGCCUCAAAAAUAUGAAAAAAUCUGAUUUGGAACAUAAAACUUUAAAUAUAAAGAAAACACCAUGUAUAAGCCAUAUUGUUAGUCCAAAUAGAAAACCUUGUAAUUCCUAUAAGUCACCAUUAUCAAAGAAACGAGGUGAAGAAAAGGAAAAGAAAGGAGAAAGUAUAAAAUCUAAACUUUUUGUUACUCCAGGGAAACCUCCACCAAAUAACGAUUGUCCGAAACAAAAGGUAUAUUUUCCCACUAUGCACAGUCCUGUAGAAAACACAGCAAAGUACCAUAUUUUGAAAAGUCCGCAUGCUAAGGGUUUAUAUCGAUUGAAUUAUAAUACUAUAAUAUCACCUGUUGGUAUGUAUAUAAAAGGCACAGAUAUGCAACUUAUCAAAAAUGUACAUGCUAAAAAAGAUCGAUUAUUGCUAACUCCUACGAAAGAGAAUGCUAAAGCAUCACCAAAUAGAAAUUCAAAACAAAAUACUCCAACAAACAGUAUAACUAUAUCACAAGAAAAGAUGUCUCUCAAAAUUAAUUUGUCUCCUAAAGUACAUACAAACUUCACAUCUAAGCAAAAGGUACUUAAAACAAAAACGUCAGAUGAUCAUAUACCUAAGAGUCAUUUUGUACUUCCUAAGGUUUCAUAUAAACUUCCUUUACACGUUAAAACAAUAAAUCAAGAUCGGACAAAUACAAUACAAAAGAGGAAAUGUAAAGGAAAUGUUGAAGAAUAUGAAAUCCAUUAUGAACCAGAAGAUGAAUCGAUACAUAUCGAACAGACAGCGUGUAAAACGAAUUUCAUUCACAGGCGGGAAAAUGUUUAA